AUGGCCAGCGGCGACGCCACCCUCUUUGAGGAAUCCUUCACGGUGACCGACUAUGACCAGUCCAAGUACGAUCGCGUCGCUCGCAUCUCGUGCACGUCGAGCGACUCGCAGACGGUCAUGACGCUCGACAUCAACAUUGAGCUCUUCCCCUGCGCCGUUUCGGAUACUCUGCACGUGGUUCUGUCGACGACGCUGUCCCUGGACGGAAGCAAGGAGGAAGAGAAGGGCUGGAGGGACGUUGGCAAGAAUGGUGAUGCGCCGGCGACGAUUGCGGAUCUCUACGACUAUGUUUGCCACGGCAAGAUCUACAAGUUUGAGGAGACAUAUGACGGAAACACCAUCAAUGCCUAUGUCUCGUUCGGCGGCCUUCUCAUGUCACUUCAGGGUCCCGUCAAGAAGCUGACGCCCCUUCGCGUCGACAACGUGUAUCUGCUUGUCAAGAAAUAG